CGACCUCAGAGGGAGCAGGACCUAUAAAUAAAAUAAGCGGCAGUCCCCGACUUUUCACAAGCCUAUCAAGAUUCAAGUGAAUCAGAUCUACUGGCACACACGAUGGUCUCCACGACGUUGAUCUCAUCUGUCCCACGAUAUGUCUCCGCUGAGGAGCACAGAAAUAUCGUAGGAUCGACUCCUGCAUCGUUCAACGAUAUCCCUCCCGUACUGCGCCACAAGGAGGACAAUGUACGCGUUAUGCUCGAUCCUCCCCUCCAGACAUUCACCGAACAAGAUUGCGCGAAUGGAACGUUAUUCGUGAUCGAGAAGUACGCCCUCGUCUUCAUGUCAUCAACCGGGGUCGGAUUUCAGGUCCCGUACCCUGCCAUCACCCUGCACGCAAUUGCGCGUCCAGAAUCUGGACCAUCAAUAUACUGUCAGCUAGACGAACUCACUGGAGAACCUGGAGCAGCUGAGUCACCUGAAAAUGAUGAAGCCUCCGACAUGCGAGAGCUGAGCAUCAUUCCGUCAAAUCCUGCCUCUCUGGAGCUGAUAUUUGAGGCAAUGUCUCUCUGUGCUUCCCUUCACCCAGAUCCAAACGUUUCAGAUGAUGACGACUUGGACGAAGCAUUUAUGGAUGAGAGCGCCUUUGAGACGUUUACGGGCGAAGAGGGCGAUGAGCUCAGUGAGGUUGGCCGGGUGCGCAGUGAUUUCGUCAACAACAGUCGUUAUGCACCGUACUAGACACCUCACGCAGGCAGCUCUCGAACAUCUGGAGUCAAUCAUCGAUGAUCCAUAUCAUCCAGGCGAGAAUGGCCUCAACGGCGCUGGCGAAGAUGUUGAAAGCGAAGGCGAUGGAGGACAUUGAU